UAAUAGUAUAAUAAAGAAAAAUAAAUUUUUAAUUUUUUUGAAUUACAGUACGUUAAAUAAACGGUUCUUAAAUCUGAUUAUAAAAAAAAAUAUUUUUUACAUUAACACACUCUCAGUCAAUCUGUUAAUCUGUCAAUUUACUUGAAAUCUAAAUUAGCCGUAUUAUAUUGAAUAGUUUGUCGAAAAAUAAUACUAAAUAAAUUUGCGUAUGAUUAUCUAUAUUUAAAAAAGUUCUGUAAUCACGGUUGCACAGCCGUUCUUGCUCGUCUUGCUCUCUAGCACACAGAUUCAGAAGCUAAAGAGUGAAGGAGAAAUGACCACAUGCGUGGAACAGCCCAAACCGCUUGCCGCCAGCGACGAUGGAAACAAUGGUGGUAGGGAUCGGCCUGAGGAUUCACCACUCCAGAGCUGUGAGAGGGAGAAGGUCCCCACCUUUGUGAGCUGAGGCUUCGUGCUGGUGGAGAGCAAGACGACCAAGGCUGUUUAAUUUUGAAAAUAAGGACAGUCUCACCCCCAUGACUGUUGCCCUCCGAAAUCAUUAAAUCGUGGUACUGUGUUCCAAUUGGGACAGAAAUCCAUUGGGCGUAAGAAGAAGAAGACCAAAAACGACUGUGCGAGCGUCCUUGAUCAUAGAGCGUUUUGCGAUAGAGAUAAUCGUAUGCAAAUUCAUUUAUCUUGAGCGGAGAAAGCACAGAAGAAUUUUAUCGUGUGUCUUAACGCAUUGAAGCGUAUUUGAUUACAGUUUUUUUCACUUAAGAUUUAUUUUGCUAGAAACAAUGUAUAAUAAAGAUAUCCUUUUAGAAUUUUAGAAAUUUUAUUGCAGCACAAAUAUCGUACUUUGAAUAAUGAUGGCAAGCCUUAUCCACCCUCUAUUUCUGUAUACGCAAACGUUUCGGAAGAAAUGCAGAAACGUGGUUUCUACAUUUCAGCCAAUAUGUUUUAUCUUAUAUUAAAAUGUCGUUAUAUACUUAAUAUUAAAAUGUCGUUAUAUACUUUUAUAUCCAUUCCGAUCAUCUUUUACUUAUUGUAAAUGGAUAUAAAAGUAUAUAACGACAUUUUAAUAUUAAGUCAAAUAAUCGUUCUAACGUAGAAUUAAGUACUUCAAAUGAUUCCAUAAACAUGUCUAAAUCUUCACCUGAAACAUUAUGUUCAAAAAUAUUUGAUAUUGUUGUAUCUGCAGAAAAAAGGCAAACAAUAAAAUCAAUAAGAAAAUAUAAAGAAACAAUCGUGUUUAUUGGGUACUGCAGUACGGUUGGACUGAUGUUAUAGCAGAAAGGCUGUGGCAGCAAUAAAAAAUUGAAUGCGUUUUUAAAUUUAACAAAAACAUAAUGUCCAUUUAAAUAAUGAAGCGUGAUAUUACGUAUUUUUUUAUGGUAAUUGUGUAGAAUGUGAUGCGAUUAUAAAAUGCACAUUACUCAACAUCUGAAAACACAGAUGUAAUUGUUGUGAGUGCGCGACACUCACACAAACUCUACUUGUAAUAACGAGAAGGGUGUCGAGUGACACCUCGCGCGACGACACCGUCCGGCCUUGCUACCGGGCAUCGCACCGGCCUUCACACCGGACAUCACACCGAGCUACAUAUCCGGUUACUCAUUUUGCCACCCGAAAUCUCCUGAUUUCCGGUGGAAUGCGCCUAGCUAGCAAUUGCUGGCUAAGCUAGUGCACGGGCCAAAGGCCCGUGACCGCGAGUGACACCCCUUGGUAACAAGCCGAAAGGCUGAGUAUAUAAAGACCGCGGAAAGAGAACGAGUGGGCUCAUAAUCAAUAAUAAUAGCGACGAGUAUAUGUCGCUCGUCGAAACUACAAACUAGACGAAGUAACUCAUCUUUCGGGUUCGCUAACGAAAACUGUACAGGAAGAAUAAAUAUAUAUCUCUUAUUAUUAACUCUCGGCGUUAUCUCUUGGAAACCUGAUCCCGAGGAGUCAUCGGCAGCGGUCCCGCACUGUAUCCCGAGACCAGGGAUACAACAAAUUGGUGGCAGCGGUGGGAUUCACUGCCGAAAAAUACCGAAAAGGGAAAAAACGCUCCCUAACGGACUCAGCGCACAGAAGAAAACCGCCGAAGAGAAACAUUAAAGCCAGGGCGACAAUUCACCCGAGGCGCAACAAAGCCGACCUGCUGAUUCUCCGAGACAAGGAAGGAAGAUAGCAUCGGACAACAGCGAUAGCAGUGUUAUCUAAGACGACACCGACCUACCGCAACGUGACGCACCAGCCACAAGCAGCUGAGCGACGGACAACAUGCGGCGAUACAUCGCGGUAAUAUUUAUAAUCUGGGUGACGCUAAGUUCCGCAGAAGACCCGGACAUGAAGGCACCGUAUGAAAUAGAAAAAUUUACGCACCAUCCAGGGAUAUAUUUUGAAAAGCUAGGAGGAUUACAUCAGGUUGAAUCCUUCUGGAAAGUGGUCAUCAAGAUAGACGUGACGACACUAUCAAAACGACUCGCACAGGUAGAAAAAUACGUACGCAAAACGGAUAAUCUAUGCAAAAUGAUAGCAGUCAUAGGGAAAGAAACAUGCGAAAAUUUACACAGCGUUAUUGAAAAAGGGUGUGAAAGAACUAAUAAAUUAAUAGAACGCAUAAACUCAACAUACAAUACAAGAAUACACAAAAGAGGAUUAAUCGACGGGAUAGGAUUAGUCGCAAAAUCAUUGUUUGGUACGAUGGACGCAAACGAUGAAAAAUUAAUUAACGAACAACUAACGGUAUUACACGACUCACAGGAAUUAAACAAACACGCAAUAAAAAACCAAAUAAAAAUAAUGCAAGCCACUAUCGCUCACAUUGAUAACAGUGAAAGAACUAUCCGACAAAACGAAAAUACUCUCGCGGACGCGACAGACAAACUAAGAACAAAAUUAUUAGAAGACGAACGCCAAAGUAACUUACACGAAAAUUUUAUAAUAAUUAACGCGGUACUGUCUGAUCUAACACGCGACGCGGAAGACGUACUAGAAUAUUUAACGUUUUUAAAAGAAGGAAUUCUGCAUCCUCGGUUAACACCUAUAUCAAUAAUAAUAGAAUCACUUAAAGACGCUAGCUCGCAAUUGCCCGAAGGACUCUACUUCCCAUUCAGAAUAAAAGAGAAUGAAUGGUCGACAAUAGAGAAAUUUGCGACAGUAGGCGCAUACUGCGAUCAAAUAAAUAUAUAUACUAUUUUACGAUUCCCUCUAAUUUCGAUACCAAAAUACGAAAUACUAAGUGUAAUUCCGCUACCUAUCCCAAGUCAGAACAACAUUUUUUCGUUCGUAGAAAUUAACAAUCCCCUGAUUGCAAUAGACACAGAACAGCGUACUUACAUAACCCUCGCAAAGAACGACCUGCGGAAAUGCAUAGAGAUAAAUACCGAAUACCUAUGCACGGAAAAUCACCCCGUAUAUCGAAUAAACCCAGACUCUAUCUGCGAGAUAAAAAUGUAUCUAGAAACGAAAGAUCAUUAUAAAAAUUGUAACAUAAAAAAUGCGACGUCGAACCACAGUCUUUGGAUAGCGUUAAGUAAUUCACACUCGUGGCUAUACUCGUCACCACGAAAGCAAGUAAUUACUCUACAUUGUAAAGACCAUGGAAAAAUAAAGGAAACAAUUGAAAAAGUAGGUAAAAUUACAUUAAAAAAUAACUGUAAGUUAGUGACAGAAAAUACAAUUAUAAGAUCACCCAAGAUGUCACAUGAGACAAGAGUAGAAUCAUAUCUCCCUCAGUAUAAUAUUUCACUACUACAGAAGCCUGGUUUAGAAAACGAUACAGGUCUCAAAGAAAUAAAAUUAAAAAAUAUUAUACCAAAUCCGACGGAAUUAAAAAAUUCCAAGGAUAAAUUAGAGGAGAUAGACAACGAACUAGAUAAAAAUUCAAGUUCGAUUUUUCAGUCGCCACACUUUAUUUUUCCAAUGGCGACAAGCGGAACAACAAUUGUAAUAAUAAUAAUAGCCGUAGUAAUAGGAUUUAUUAUAAUAAAAAAGAAAAAACGGAAUAACAAUAAGCGGGUGACAUUAGAUAUAGAUACAGAAUAUACGAUACCGAGAUCUAUCCUAAAACGAAGCAACAGCACACGUUUCUAACACAAAAAACAUAUAUAUAUAUAUAUAUAUGUAUAUAUAUGUAAUAGUAAUUAACAACUAUAUGUAAUAGUAAUUAUUAUAUAUAUCAUAUACAAUUUGAUCCAUUAUUUCCUGCGGGAAAAAACGUGGCAUUAGUUUGCACAGCUCUACGUCUCGGAUUAACAAAAUCAGACCACACGAUAUAUCGCGUUACACCGGAACCAAAGAAUCAAAAAACUUAUUUCUGCAAAUUUCGCUCACACACCGGAUGUGCAUAGCUGAAUUGACUAUGACCAUAUAUGGCCCGAUUUAGGGAAUUACACCCCACCACUUCCAUUCUUACGAGACUAUAAAAACUGACGACCCAAUCGAGCCCUAAAGACUCGAUACUGUCGUUACGAUAAACAAAGUUCAAGCUCAAGAACAACAGCAGCAGCCAGGCGGAACCAGCCCCGCAAAUUACCCUGGUGACAUAGAGUUUACAACACACACACCAACUCCAAGGACAGGAUGAAAAUUCCUGUGGAAUUUGAACUCAGUCAGCCCAUCGAUGGAGUGCGCCCAUUGGACCACCCAGAAAGAUACGAAAGACUUCUACGAAGCAUCUGCCUCCAACCAACAGAGAGAUGUCUAGUGGAAACAGAGUUUCCUUGGAGAAGAUGGUGCCGAAGCUGUUAUCGCCAACGAUACCGGCUUUAUUGCACCAUACGAGAUCCAUCGGCACACGGAUACCGGACGCAGCUCUCACCUGACGAACAUUGGGAAACGAUCACCGAGUGUUUCAAAUGCGGAAAAGUGUUAAUGAACGUGUGCCCUGCCAGAAACUGCCGGAAGUGCAUCGAGAUAUUCCUCGACGAAGAAGAGGCCGUAAACGAGACCCUGGACAUGAACAUGUUCAGUUUUGAAAGAUUUAAAAACCUGUGUGUACGCGAAUCUGAGAACGAGCAAUACCAGCUACAAAUGGUAUGUAAUUAUUAGUAUAAAACAAUAAAGAAAUAGCGAUUAGUAUAUAGUUUUUCACUAAGGAAAAGCGAUAAGAUAGCGUAAACUAUUAGUUGCGAAAACUCAGCCCCUCGUUUUCUUUCCAAUAAGGGGGAGGGAUGUUGUGAGUGCGCGACACUCACACAAACUCUACUUGUAAUAACGAGAAGGGUGUCGAGUGACACCUCGCGCGACGACACCGUCCGGCCUUGCUACCGGGCAUCGCACCGGCCUUCACACCGGACAUCACACCGAGCUACAUAUCCGGUUACUCAUUUUGCCACCCGAAAUCUCCUGAUUUCCGGUGGAAUGCGCCUAGCUAGCAAUUGCUGGCUAAGCUAGUGCACGGGCCAAAGGCCCGUGACCGCGAGUGACACCCCUUGGUAACAAGCCGAAAGGCUGAGUAUAUAAAGACCGCGGAAAGAGAACGAGUGGGCUCAUAAUCAAUAAUAAUAGCGACGAGUAUAUGUCGCUCGUCGAAACUACAAACUAGACGAAGUAACUCAUCUUUCGGGUUCGCUAACGAAAACUGUACAGGAAGAAUAAAUAUAUAUCUCUUAUUAUUAA